CGCGCGCGUGGACCCCUGCGAGUGUCCGAGCGCUCGCUGGCGCGCGCGGGUUUCUUGCCGCGUUUUGCUAAAUGCUCCCAACGUUUCCAUGUUUUCGCGCAUGGUUGCGUCGCAUCAGUAUCGCUCGCCGCGCCUCAGUUGAUAACAUUAUGGCUAUGGAGGCGAUCCGAAUCGCCCACUGUUUCGUGCUUGUGAAUCACGUGGUUGUGUUAGUGCACGCUUUUGGAUCUCUGCUCGACUUAGGAACUAACGAGUGUUUUGAACGAGUAGCCAUAGGUAAAAAAUUAAAUUUGAGCGAUAUUUCAAAAUCAGUAAUGUCAAAAAGUCUACGGCAAUGUGAUAUUGAGUGCGAACGAGAGAUGUGUAAUGCAUACGCUUUUGGGGUUACAGUUCAAGGAAACAGCACUUGUGAUAUCAGUGCGAAACUACCACAAACAAUACCUAUUGACGAUCCUGAAUACGACCUGUUCGUGAAAAUUUAUGAGUGCCAAAAUAUGACAACAUGCUUCAGGAGACUGGUGACGGGCCGACGUCUGGCCGACAGAUUCAUCCGCAGAGUGCUCCCAUGUGACGCCUUGCGUCACUGCCAACUCGCCUGUGCCAUCGAGAAGGAGUUCGUCUGCGAGGGCUUCAAUUUCAGGUUUGAGCCGACGGGAGAGUCCCUCGGGAGCUGCCAGCUGACCUCCUACCCAGCAGACCACUUGGACCUGAGCCAGGACUUCAACUCGGACCUGGCCUACGACUUCUUCGAGCGCGACCGCAAUGCUGGACCCGGCUGCAACGGCUGGAGCAUCGGCGGCCCGUCCCAGUGGGGGAGCAAGGGCCCCUACCUGCCCCCCAAAUUUGACCCUCACGCUGGUGGCGGGAUCCCCUACGGCUGGAACAAGCCGGCGCCGCACUACCCCCUCGCACCCCCCAACGAGCUGCCGGGAGUCUACGGUGGCGGCAAGAUCGAUCACAUUUACAAGGGCCAACCGCACCACUCCGUCACCGAAGGGCUGACCCCUCCUUUCGCCCUCCCUAACGUCCCGCUCACCGAUGAGUGUUUUAUGCGAGCGCGGAGUGGGUUCCGACUGGAAAGAUCCAUCAUUGUCAUGUCCCUGAAUGCACCGACCUUAUACGACUGCGAAUUCCAUUGCGCCAAUGAGAGGAAGUUCACUUGUAAUAUAUUCGGAUUUAGGUAUAGUGCCAAUGCAGCCACAGAUAACUGCCAACUGGGUGAGAGGACGAUUAGACAAAUUGACUUGUACAGCGAUUUAGUUCCAGACAGAGACUACGAUGUCUACGUUAGAAAUGAGUUGGGACGGCCUGGAUGUCAACCUACUAAAACAUUUGACAGUGAUUGUUUCGAGCGCCUCCGAAGUGGGCUCCGACUUGAAGGAGUUGUGGUCAAGUUCACGAUCAGUACUCAAACUCUGAGCGAAUGCCAGCUUGUGUGCCUUCACAUAAAGCACUUCACCUGUCGAGCUCUAAGUUACAGGUAUGGGUCACCAACCAUCGGUAGCCCGGCAGACAACUGCAUCCUGACGGACUGGCCGAUGACCGAGCUGGACCCCACAAAACACUUCGUCGACGACGCAGGUUACGAGCUCUACCACCGAGCCAGCUACGGCCAUGGCUGCGAGCUUGACCGGUGGCCUUUCCUCUCCCCCGCCUUCCCCACAAUCCCUACCCCCGAGGGCCCUGCCGGCGGAUACCCCACACCACGACCCCCCUUCGGCGGCUACCCUCACCACCCCAGAUACCCACCACCCUCCGGCCCCCCGACCGGCAGCUACCCCCCGCCGGCCAGCCCGCCCUCGGAUGGGGGCUACCCUGCGGCUGGACCCCCUCCUGGAGGCUUCCCCCAUGGUUUUCCCCAUGGUGGAGGCGGGCAUUAUCCUCCCGACGGUGCCGGUCCCCCUUACUUACCCCCGACAGAUCACAAGCCGCCGCUGUGGCCGUCGUACCCGCCACCGAAGGGUGGCUCUUAUCCUCCUCCAAACUACCCUCCUGCUUACUUGCCCCCCAAAAAGCCUAUCGACAGGCCGACGAUUUUUUCCACGCCUGGUUUUAUUCCCAACCCUCCGACUUAUGGACUUGGUGGUUACCUGCCUCCUUCGUCCUAUGGGCCAACGCCGCAUAUUCCACGACCGACGGAUCAAAUAUGUUACAUUAGCUAUGGGACUCCAGCUCGCCUGCUUCCUGCCGCCGUCAAGACUUCUUUGAUAGUCCCCUCCGAACUGGAUUGCAAAGCUGAAUGCAGUCGCGUCCGAGAAAAAUCACAAUUCAGAUGUGCCUCCUUGAGUUAUAGGUCCGGAAACUGCGAGCUGAGCGACAUCGAGCUGCGAGACCUGAGGCCGGACGUGGAUUUCGCAAAGGACGAGCACUACUGGCUCCACUCCUGGGACUUCACCGACGCCCGCUGCUACGUCCCGCCGGCCGGCAAGAUCCCCUACCCCGGCGCCGGAGGGGGCGGCGGCGGCGGCGGCUACGGGGGGGCCGCCGGCCCCGGCGUUUACAUAAACAUUGAUAGAGGCGAAAGUACUUGGCAGCGAUUUACGGUGACAGGUCGGCCGUGUAAAGCAGGCACUUUCUGCACAGAGAACUUGGACGUUGGGGUCUGGUCAUGUCCUGUGGAUGACGGAGAUUGGGAUUACUGCUGCAGGGCUGGGCAUCAUUGCGGUUAUUCCGAAGGAUACAAUUACCCGUGGUGCUACGUGGGAAGCCUAAGUCGCACCCAAUGGCGGCCGUGCAGCAACUUCUACUUCCCAUACCAACCCUCAAACCGUCCGCUCCACUGGCCGGUGGCCUAUCUCCACCGCGAGGGCCCACCGAACAUAACCAUGGGCCACCAGCCCUCCAUCGUCGACAGCUUCCUCAACUCGCUCAAAUACGAGCACACCCGAAAACUGGGCGACUUGAACGGAACGGACGCCAACAACACCACAACACCACCCACCUUCGAGGUGGUCGACGUCAAACUCAUCCCGGAAGCGGAACCGAGCACCAAACCCAAAGACGAUCAGUCCGAGGCCCAAUCGGGGCACUUCACCAAAUACGCGGCCCCAAACGAAACCCUGAACACCAAAAACUAUCAAAAGUUCACUCUAACGCCCAACUCCAGAGACGGGUCCUAUUUUUACAAACACACAGCCCCCAACGAGACCUUGAACCGGUUAGCAUACCUACACCCUCACUCAAACGCGACUUCAAACACCAAGGAUCAAUAUUACAAAACCAUGGGCCCCACGGGUUUCUCGAACACUAACACCGUGGGCCCUACCGCUUCCUCAAACAACCAUAAUACCGUAGGCCCCACGAAUUCCUUCAACACCAAGGACCACUUUUACAAUACCAUGGGCCUCAUGAACACCAAGGAUCGGUCACAAACGUCGAGGGCCCCGAAUGAAUCCUUGAACGAUAGGUUCAACACCAGGGACCACGCAGGGGCCCACUCCUCGCAUUUCCACCAUUUCGCGAAGGCGCCGAACGCGACGCUGAGUCCGGGCGUCGUGAAGAGGGACCCACCCCCGACGACGUCGGCCGUGGCCAAGGUGGAGAAGGUGGAGAAGCCCCUCGACGCCAUGACCAAGAUGUGGGCCUGGGGCCAGGCGAAAUACAACUCGAGUUCUAUGUCCAAAGAUCAGUUGCGGAUAUCGAAUCGAAUCGGGAGGACGUUCGAUAAUAGCUCGACUCCCGCCUCCGCAGCCUGAGAACUAACAGCGGUGAAGAAUGUCGAUUGCGGUGGCGUGGCGUGCGAUAUAUCGAUUGAUCUGCCGCUUAAACCUAUGGGACAGGAUCGAUAAACAGGGUGUUCGAAACGAAUACUUUAAUAAUCGAUUCUUUACCGUAGCUUCAAAUGAGGAAGUAUCGAUAAUCGAUUACUAACGCCUCGCCACUGGUUGGUUGUUGGAUUUGCUCUGCACAUAUUAGACGCUAGACAAUCGAAAUGAGGGGCUUGGAAGACAAGGCGCACAAGUGCAAUUUUUGCUAUUUUGAGAAAUGAGUGUGCGAAGUCUCGAAAUUACAUGGAUCUUUAUGGCGGAAAGAUAGUUCAAACUGGUUUUUUGAUGCUUAAAAAUUGGAAUUUCGGAGCGAAAUUUUCACAGAAUAUGCACUAAGUUUAACUUGACAGUUUAAUGUGAAUUCAUCAAUAUCUCAUUUUUUUUUAAAAACUGCACUUAUGUGCUUUGUCCUCCAAGCCCCUUAAAUGUGAUCCGUGCAAUCGAAAUAUGUGCAUGGUGAAUUCAACAAUUAAAUUAUUUUGUGUGAUGAUUUCAAUAUGACGUCAUUGAUGUAACUCUAACUUACAUGGUAAAACGAAGUGCGAAUCUUAUAAUUUUAUAUACCUACACUCAUCAGAAUGAUACUGACAGAAGUAUUGACGCAUUUACACAAAUACCUACACACUAAAUGAUAAUAAAUCUAAAAAUGUUAAGGUCAAUAUAUGGUUAGAUCUAUUGGCUUUCUUUGCGCCUUUAACAGGAAAUGACAAUACCAGAAUCAGAAGGAUAACGUUUACCAUCGCUUUGCGGCCAUGAUUGUUCAAUUCCUUCACUAGUAGCACUUCAAAGGUCAGUUCGAUUGGAACAACUAUUAACUGGGUCGGUUAUUUCUAUGACGUCAUUCUGAAACCAUCCGCAUAAAUUCCCCUGUGCCAAAAUCAAAUAAAUGACUAUGUAGGGAUUGAUGUUAUUUUAAAACUUUCUCGGAAGUACAUAGCCUGAUUUUGACUUUUUGUAUACGAACUUGUAGUAGACGUAAGUAGACGUAAUUUUUAUGAAAUGUGUAAAUUAUUGACUUGUAAAAAAAUGAAACGUUUGUUUUGAUAACUGAAGUGUAGAAAGUACCAAUUUAAUUUAUACAAAAUAGAAUUAAAAAAUUAGCAAAAUAUCGCGAUCAA